CUACAAAACAUCAACCUCGGACUCUUUACCUCCCAUCACCACAAAUCCACGAACUCUUCCAUCACAUUGCCAAACAAAACCAAACCCAACCCUCAUCCCAAAUACCAAAGACAACAAAAAAUGGAAGGCGUAGACCUCCUCAUCCUCGGCGCCGGCUGGACCGCCACCUUCCUCAUCCCCCUCCUCCAACAACACAGCGACUCCCUGACCUUCGCAGCAACCACCACCACCGGCCGACCCGUCUGCGGCGUCGACACCAUCCCCUUCCGCUUUGACCCGGAAUCCAAAGACCCUGGCCCCAUUGCAAACCUGCCGCGCGCGAGGUAUAUCCUCAUUACGUUCCCUUUGACGGGGGAAGGUCAAAGUAAAUGGCUUACGGAGACGUACGAAGCUACGCACCCCCGCCGCGGGGAAAAACAGAAAAAGUACAGGUUUAUUCAAUUGGGGAGUACGGGGGUUUGGCAAGUAGAUGGACGGAGGAAGAGACAUGGGGAUAAGGGGCGGGAGGCUGAAAGGGAGGCUAGAGCUAAAGCCGAGGCUGAAGAAGCGGCUGCUGCGCAGCAGGAGCAGCAACAACCCCCUUCGACAGAAACCAAAAAACCCUUCCACUUCACAACCCGCCACUCCCCCUACCUAACCACCGACCCGCGCGCCAUCGCCGAAGACGAACUGCGUUUUUCGUCAGUAGUCGACGGCAUGGUCCUCUCUUUGUCCGGGUUGUGGGGCGGCAGCCGCGAUCCGCGCAACUGGGUGAGCAGGGUUGCUUACUCGAAGGAGGCGAUGAGACACAAAACGAGUUUGCAUAUGAUCCAUGGGGUGGAUAUAGCUAGGGCUGUUUAUAAGAUUAUCACUGCUUGUGAAGAAGAUGACAAGGAAGGUUCGGAGGAGAAAAAGUGGGAGGAGCAUGGAAAGGGGCAGAGGUGGAUGUUGACUGAUGGGUUUGUGUAUGAUUGGUGGGCGCUGUUGAUGGGGUGGGCUACUACGGAGGGACAGGAAGACGGGGAGCCGAGUGAGCAGGCUAGGUGGGUGAUGGAGUUGAUGGAGGAGGAAGGGGUGCAAGCGCUGCCGAGGAGUAUGGAGCUUAUGGGAAGGGCGUAUGAUUCGAGAGAGUUUUGGAGGACGUGGGGGUUGGUGCCGGUGAAGGCGAGGGUUGGGGUUAAUGCUCCUUAGAUGGAUGGGCCAAAGGCCGAGAAGUAGGAGGCAUCAGGUUGGGAGAGAAAGAAGGGCGGCAGGUGGAGGGCCGUUGUACAUUAUCACAAGACACAAGCAUACCAAAAAUUGAGAGAAAAAUAGAGAAUAACCAAAACA